GGGCUCACACUGCCCAUUGGCUUGAAGGUCUCACGGUCCGCAGGCGGAAGCCGACGGAAGCCGCGAAUUCCAGCCGGCGGCGGGAUGGAGGCGGCGGCGGAGCCUGGAAACCUGGCUGGCGUCCAGCACAUCAUCCUCGUCCUCUCGGGAAAGGGAGGCGUUGGAAAGAGCACCAUCUCCACGGAGCUGGCCCUGGCCCUGCGCCAGGCAGGCAAGAAGGUGGGGAUCCUGGACGUGGACCUGUGCGGCCCCAGCAUCCCCCGCAUGCUGCGGGCGCAGGGCAAGGCCGUGCACCAGUGCGACGGCGGCUGGGUGCCCGUGUUCGUGGACCGGGAGCAGAGCAUCUCCCUCAUGUCUGUGGGCUUCCUGCUGGAGCAGCCGGACGAGGCCGUGGUGUGGAGAGGCCCCAAGAAGAACGCGCUGAUCAAGCAGUUUGUGUCUGACGUGGCCUGGGGGCAGUUAGACUACUUGGUCGUGGACACACCCCCAGGGACCUCCGACGAACACAUGGCCGCUGUGGAAGCCCUGCGUCCCUACAGGCCCCUGGGGGCCCUCGUGGUCACCACGCCUCAGGCGGUGUCUGUGGGGGACGUGAGGCGGGAGCUGACCUUCUGCAGGAAGACGGGCUUGCGGGUCUUGGGGGUCGUGGAGAACAUGAGCGGCUUCACCUGCCCGCACUGUGCAGAGUGCACCAGCGUCUUCUCCAGGGGCGGCGGGGAGGAGCUGGCCAGGCUCGCCGGCGUCCCCUUCUUAGGCUCGGUGCCCCUGGACCCUGCGCUCACCAGGAGCCUCGAGGAGGGCCGAGACUUCAUCCAGGAGUUCCCCGGGAGCCCUGCGUUUCCUGCACUCGCUGCCAUAGCCCAGAAGAUUCUGGACGCGAUGCCUGCUCAGGCCUCCUGACUGAGGAGCCGCCUCCUCGAGGGCCCCGAGAGGAGUCCCCGCGGCAAAGGGCCCGGGACGAUGUUUCCUCCGUGACUGCAGCGGCUCCUCCGCGGUCCGCGGCUGCAAGGACAGUGCUCCCUGGUGCCCUGAGACUGUUCUGAACACCUGAGCCGGUGUUCUGGGACUCCACCCACGGCUGCUUCCCAGCACUCGUCCCUUCCCGUGCUGCAUCCCUGCCCCAGAGGGACAGGCUGCUCUUGGCAGCCGAGCGUCCCCCGCCCCGGUCACCAAGCUCUCAGGACUCCCAUGGCCCUCAGUGGACCCUGGGCUGCCCAUACCCUGAGAGUCCGUGAGCGACCUGCACUCGCGGGAGGAGCGGGGAGCGUCCUUGAGGUGACAAAGUGACCUCAGACGUGUCGCGUGCCUUGGAGGAGCCCACCAUUAAACGUGCCCUGGCCACUGCCACGGCACCAGUCAGCCUCU